AUGCCUCGUCCAAAUCUUUAUUCUAGUUUCUUUAGCCAGUCUUUUGUAGUGUGUAGUGACCCACAAUCGUAUCUGACAGGUGUCGAGACAUCUCCUAUCCACUGUACUGAGUUCUAUGGUCUGUCGUCUGAUCAAGACAAGGGUGUCCGGGAGCCAUGCAUGCGUCGGACUAGCUCAGCUUGUUCGGACCUUUCACGAUACCUCCAGUCAUGUUCAGCAAACAAUAAAUCUAAAUGGUGGAUAGGGCCCAAACGACGAUUCUCAACCCUCAGUUAUUCGGAUGAAGAUGAUGCGAGCUACCAUAAGCAUUCGAGAAACGAAAGGAGCCUUUCGGCAGACGCGCUCUUUUGCCAAGAAACGUUGGCAACACCUCAACUCACAUUGGAUGAGCGUGACCAGAGUACAUUCCCGUGCCUUACUUCUCCUUUAGCCGAAGAUUUACGGUCUUGGUUACCUGCUCGUGUAGCAGUUGCAGAUAAAUGGUCACUUCUCUACAGCCUCGAUCAGCAUGGCUGUAGUUUAAGCACUUUGUACAACCGUAUUCACGACAAAGGACCAUGUCUUCUAGUACUACAGAACACAGAAGACGAAACAUUUGGAGCCUAUCUAUCGGAGCCGUUUAAAGUAAAUUCCAAAUAUUAUGGAUCGGGUGAAUGCUUCUUGUGGCGUACAGAUUCUUCAAAUAAGCUUCAUGUAUAUCCGUGGACAAUGGCCAACGACUAUCUUUUGUAUUCCGAUCAAGACAUACUUGCAGUUGGUGGAAGCAACGGUAAAUUUGGUCUUUGCCUUCACGCAAAUCUGACAGACGGACACAGUCAACCAUGCCUCACCUUUAAUAACCCAGCCUUGACACAAGAUCCUUCUUUCGAAUGUGUUGGCAUCGAAUUCUGGGGAUUCAAAUUUUGAAAAGCAACAACAUGAAACCUUUAUCAUCAUCUUUAUUUCUUAUCUUUACAAAAAGUACUAUCUUAUUAUUAUCAACUAUAUCAUUCUUCCUUUAUCUUAUUCGCAUCUUAUACAAAAAAAACCAAGCAAUUAUUUUUCUU